CUCUCUCUCUCUCUCACUGAUCCCACAGUGUAGUAAAGCGGAUAGGCAGCUAAACAAACCGCGGAAUCUUUCCGAGAAGACACCGACAGAGCUCUAGGCUCAUCGUCCCCUGGCCCCCGGUUCCCUGCGACUAGUGGAUUUCAUCCCAGGCUUAAAUACAGCAGCAUCAGGACCAGCCAGAUCACCUGAGAAGAAGAGGAGGAUAAAACAGAUUCAACAAAGAGGACUCCAGCACCUUGUAUUUCAACUCAUGAUCAGUGAAAAAAAAUGCAUCAGACACUAACUCUGAUACACCGGAUAUGAGCAAAAAUGGGGACUCUGUCAGACACCAUGACAAGCCAGCAGCUUUGACAGCCCAAGAGAAAAUCCUUAUUUGCAUAUGUGAAAGAACAUUCCUUACUCUCAAUAACAGACUUGCAUAAGAAUACAGCCUUGUUUCAUUUUAUUUUAAAACACCCCCUCCGUCCCCAGUCCCAUCAUGAAGAGUGUUCUCUUCCUUCCCGUUGUCCUGCUCUUAUGCCCACCAGCACUGGUCAGGGGUGACUGCUGGCUCAUCGAGGGGGAUAAAGGUUAUGUGUGGCUGGCCAUCUGCAGCCAGAACCAGCCACCGUAUGAGACAAUCCCACAGCACAUCAACAACACAGUGCAUGACUUGCGGCUUAAUGAGAACAAGAUCAAAGCUAUUUUUUUCACCUCCUUGAGUCGCUUCUCAAAUCUGACAGACCUCAACCUCACUAAGAAUGAGAUCUCAUACAUUGAAGAUGGUGCUUUUGCAAGCCAGGCAAAUCUACUGAUUCUGCACCUUGGAUAUAACAAGUUAACCAACCUGACUGAAGGCAUGUUGCGAGGUCUGGGACGAAUGCAGUGUCUUUUCCUCCAGCACAACCUUAUAGAAGUUAUUGCCACUAAUGCGUUCUGGGAGUGCCCUAGUCUCAGUAACCUGGACCUGACAUCAAACAAGCUUGCCAGACUGGACCCAUCCACUUUCACUGUAUUGGGCAGGCUCAUGGGAUGUGAACUUGCAGGAAACCCGUUUCACUGCGGCUGUGAGCUCUACAGCUUUCUAACAUGGUUAGAAGUCUUCAACAAUGUUACACACACCUAUGAUCGACUUCAAUGCGAGACCCCACGGGAGAUGUUUGGCUAUCCAUUGCUGAGUCCUGUGGGUGGGCAUGGAAGGAGUGCUCGUCACAUCCUGUCCUCAGUGUGCCGGGAUGGGGUGCUAAUUCCUGGAAUGACAUCUCUACCACCUGAUCCUGAUUCUUCAGGCAUGGAGCCUGGCAUGUUUGAGCCCAUUGGACCAUACCAUCAGCCCACAACUUCCUCGUCGUCAGAUAAACCGUUUAGUCCCAGCAUCAAACUGCAACAUGUGUCCCUUUCCGCUGCAUCUCUUCUGAUCCAGAUUCCAAAUCCAUACAGCAAAAUGUACAUCCUGGUACAGUACAAUCAGAGCUUUGUGUCAGAUGUGAUGAACUUAAAGAAUAAAAAGGAAAUGAUCACCCUUAACAAGCUCAAACCAAACACCAACUACACCUUCUGUGUGGCGUCUAUACGAAACUCCCAACGCUACAAUCACACUUGUUUAUAUUUUUCUACACGAGCUCCAAACCCAGAUGACUUGAUGCCUCCACCAUCCACGACUACCCACUACAUAAUGACCAUUGUUGGCUGCUUAUUUGGAAUGCUCAUUGUUCUUGGGUUUGUCUACUAUUGCUUGCGAAGGCGUCGCCGUCAAGAAGAGAAAGAAAAAUCCAUCUGCGUGAAAAAGACUAUUCUGGAAAUGCGUUAUGGACCAGAGGUUGCAGCAGCAGUUGCAAAUGACCCCGCAGCUGUCCAGAAACUUCAUGAGCAAAGCCACCAUCAGCACCACCAUGGCAAACUGCCCAUGUCCUCCUCGUCCAGCUCUGCCAUGCUUGGCCAUGGUUCUGCCAACACAAGCUCCUCACGUCUAUCCUCCAUCCCUCAGGUAGAGAAGAUGGCAACUGCCUUCUCAGAAGCCAUGGGGUCUAAAGGCAACUAUAUGGACAUUAGGACCUCUGUAGGAGGAGAUGAAAGGGGAAGAGAUGGGGCUGUGGUGCAUGGUCUUCGGGAGGAAGACCUCAGGGGGGAUGAUGGAAGUGACCUGGGUGAUGACUCAGAUGAUGAUGGUCGAGGAUCAGCAUCUGAGAUUUCAACUAUUGCAAUGGAAGUGGACAAGGUCAACCAGAUUAUUAACAACUGCAUUGAUGCCCUCAAGCUAGACUCUGUUACAGCAUCUAGUGUUUCCACCACAGCAAGUGGUCCAACAUCACCCCCACCUACCUCUAACUCCUCCCUGACGAAAGGACUGAUUCCCAUCUCUAGUAGCAUGAGUGAUACCUGCCAAGUCCUGCCCUCCCCAAAGAUCCCUCCUCCACCCCCUCUUCCCUUCCCAGCUCCUCUGUCUGAGAGACCUGGGAUCACAGGGGGCGGGUUUGUGUCACCGCCAUACCGGCCACCUCCCCCAGCUUCCGCAGUGAGGCCUAUUCAAAGACAGAUGAGUGCUGAUGCAGCUGUCAUUGUUUCCUCUGCCAAGAGGCACUGCCGCCCAUCUAGUGGGAAAGCUCGUGUGUACAGCUUAGAUGUUCCGGAACCCCACAGCCCUGAUCCAUGCCACUAUACAGACAAGGGAAGUCCAUUGGGGUGUGGAGAACCCCUAGAGAGGCUCCCAUUAGUAGGUAGUGGUGGAGGUGGUGGCUGUAGCAUAGAUGGUGGGACUGUAGAUGGGAUGGCCCUUCAGCAGCACCUGGAGGUGCACCCAGACUACCACUGUGCCGAGCAUCGUCACUCAGUCCCUGCCCUUUACUACGAGGGCUCUCAUGAUUCCCCAGCCCAAAGGGUGUCCUUUCUUAAGCCGCUGUCACGCACCAAGAGAGACGCUGCUUCCUACUCUCAGCUCUCUCCACGUCACCACAAUUACUCGGGCUACUCCUCAAGUCCAGAAUACUCCACUGAGAGCACCUUGCGCAUCUGGGAGCGCUUCCGACCCCACAGAAAAGGUCCACGUGAAGAGUCCUGUUAUGUAACGGCGGGAAACGCCUUGCGAAAAAAGGUCCAGUUUGCCAAGGGGGAGGACUUGCAUGACAUCCUUGAUUACUGGAAAGGUGUGUCAGCACAGCAAAAGCUGUAAUCUAUGACGCUGCGUGGAUACACAGCGCAGGUCUCCUUCACUGCCUGAUGAACCGGAAGAGCAACAGGUUAUGGCUGCAGUGGUCAAAACAGAGCCAAGUCUGUCAGGGUUUGAGGACAAGUCUUUUAAUCUGGUUUUGUACAGCGAGCCAGAAAGAGAGCAAAAGAGCCUGAGGAUACACUGUAUACAUAGGAUAACAUACAGCGAUUUUAUUUGGAGCCAUGACAAUUGUCAUACUCUCUGGGAAAAGAUGCGCUUAUCAUUUGUCAAUAUUUGAAAUAAUUGUAUUUUACUCUGCAUUCAUCUGUGUAUUCAUCAUUCAUAUCAACGGCGAGACCUUUGUAACCUGAGCCCUCAUUCAGCCUGAAAGAAAAUCUUUGUUUAUAACUCCCACUCAAAUCAUAGGCCAUUACAUCCAUUUGUUAGGCAGGAAUGUGAAAGAAUGUGUGGUUUAGGAGGAUAAAAUGAUGUGCUGAUUUUCUACAAACCUGUCAAAAGCAGUUUCCCCCUUCCGUACAGCAGAGACUGUGCACAGGGCAUCCAAAUUUACAUUUCAAUAGCACUCCUCGUGAGAAAUAUAAAGGAAUAGAGAAGGGAAAAAAUAAAAAAAUGAAACCGAAGAAUCUCCCAGGGGAGCUCUGGAAUAGUCAGUCGUGUUUGGCAGCUGCUUGCUGUGCUGAGCAGGAUGACAUAAAUAGUGCAAGGGGUGCUACAGAAAUACUGUAGAUUUACCAGGCUGUGGAGAAAAUGCAAAGAUCUGUGAUUUAAGAUUAAAAAGACAUAGCUUUGUGCAUCUUUGAUGCAUUAUUAAUAGCAUUUCCAUAUCAGAGGUUACCCUGUCACCUGUAUCCCAGCACGAGCAUGAAGUGGCUGUCGACAGCAGAGGUUUAUGUAUUCUGUUCCUCUGCCCUGAGGUCACUUUGUUUAGUCCAUUAAUUGGCUAUUGAAAGCCUGUUGCUGACAGCUGAGACACUCAACGGCCAAACCCCGUUGACCCCGUAGACCCCGUUGUGGCACUUUUAAAACAACACUUUAUAUGACACCUUUCUCCAGUCUAUUUGUUUAUUUAUUCAAGGGAAUUAUUAUCCAUGAUGCUGACACCGAAAUACAGACAAGCCAAGAGCAAGAUUCAAUUCAAUUCAAUUAAAAAUAAUUUAUCGACCUUCAAUGUUAAUAGUAAAACUAAAGCACUUAAUCUCAAAUACAGAUCUCAGAAGCCUUUUGAUCUCAGAAUACAUGAUUUAUUGUAAAAAUGACAAAUAUUAUUAACCCCAACACCUUUGUCAGCCGUUAUGUUAUUAAUGUCCAGUUAGAUUAAACUAACUAAUUAUAAAUGAACCAGGGCUAUAUCCUUUAGCAUGCAAGGGUAAGCAGACAAGACCUCCAAUUUGAUUAAAAGAGAUCACUCUCUCUUCUGCUCUCUCAGUCACCAUGUUCAGCCUACAAUUUCAUGGACCAAUAAACCAAAAAAUUUGAUUAGUGGCACUGUGGGGAAAUAUACAUGUGUUUACAAUGCAAUCGCAUACUCAAAUGACAGAAGAGACACCCAACAGUCACAGCAAAUGGUGUUAAUUAUAAAUGAGGCCCAAAUAAAUACAGAUCUUAAAAGAAUAGUUCACCCAGUUUCUCACCUUUAUGUCUUUUUAAAAUGACAUGGGUCACUUUCUUCUGUAGAACACCAAAAUGACAUUGUGAAAUGUGUUUUCCAUUUUCCUUUUCCGUACAUAUGAGAUGAAUGAAAACUGAAGCUUUCUAACUUAAAAAUGACACAAAUAGCCUGUUUUCCAAAGCUAUUGUACGUCCUCAAAAGACUUGAGAUAUAGCAUAUGAAUCAUAUAAACCCCCUUCAUUAUACUUUUAUGCUUUUGCAUCCUGUUUUGGAGCUUAAAAGCUGCAGUCCCCAUUCAUUAUAAUUUCAUGGAAAAUGGGAAAUGUUUCAGACUUCACAAUUCAGAAUGAAAGAAAAACACGUCGUAACAACUUUUGAGUGAGAAUGUGAGAACUUUCUGAAGGUAAACUAUUCCUUUAACCCUGAUUGGAGAUCCUAUUAGCUGCACUUUGCCAGGCACGUACUUUGACGUUACUAUCAGCGAAACAUGUCUGUGUAUAUCUGGUUGGAAAAUCAUGAAUUAUAUUUGAUCAAAAAGCGCUCGUGGUGUUCGCAUUAACCGGCAAACCUGUUUAUUCUGCAUCAGGUGUUUUCGUGCCUUCAGUAAAAGGGUCCGUUAUUUGUUAGUUCUUGAUUUCAGUGCUGUUUGGUUCAUAUUGUGUAAAUCACACCAUAUCCCUUACAUAAUAAGAGUUUUCAUUGUAAAUAUGUGUUUAUAUACCAUUCUUAUCUUAUUUCUUGAUUAAGAUUUUUCAUUGUAAAUAUGGGAUAGAUAUCUGCCAACAUUGGACAUACACUCAGGCACAAUGCUUUUUUGGUACUCUCAUUUUGGGGGCUAAGCUAAGGUACAGUAUGACGAAAGGUGUUUUAAAGGAUGCUUGGAUCACACAAGGAGGAACAGCAGCAGCUAUAACAGAUGUGGAUUAUUAGGGAACUGUGUGUACAUUGACACAACACUACAUGCAGAUCUUUUAGAAAGAAUGGACCCUAACAUUCUUGGGCAUCUGAAAUGAACCCACAAAGGACUGCUACCGGAGGCUUACUGUGACAUUUUCCUUUAUGAACUUCAUUUUAAAACCACUUGGACUGGCCAUAAGGAACUAACCAUGAAUGCUCAAUCAAAAAUGACUGUUCAUUUUUAUAACAGUAAAAUCGGAUGCCCAGCUUUAUAUGGUUUUUAUUGUGCCUCCCAUCAUUGACAAAGAAAAAAAAAAAGACUUGCACUCCUGUACAAAUGCUUAUCAGCCAUUUUCGCAAUGAAUUCAUGGUUGAAGAACAAAAGACGGAAGUGAUUUGGCAUGGCAUCUUUAAGAUUCUUGUUUUACAUAUUAAUUGAAAAUAUGAACUUGCUGUUUUUUUAUUAUUCUUCAUGACGCUCUCUUGCUCAAGGUCGUUUUCCUUCAUUAUUCUUUCAACGUUUCCCAAUUGUUCAGGACAAACAAGCAAAUCAAUUCCUUCAGUUUAAGAUCUCCUUUAUCACAUUUUAUAUCUGAUCUUUAUUCAAAUCCAUGUUUCGUUUAGAGUAAAUUCUUUAAUUUAAUGAACUUGGCCUUUAUAUCUUUGCUUGACAAAUCAUGGAUAAUUACCCAGUUCAGCCAAAUGACAUGUUUAAAUACCCUUACAGAGCUAACAAACUAAAAGAUUCCAUUUAUUUAGCACUGAAUCGAUCGCAGUUUUGAAAGUUUUGAUUCUUGGAGUACUUUUUUGUGUGUGUGGAGUUAAAAAUGCAUGUGUCAUUAUGCUAGUUCCCCUUUAACGUUUGAUUUUGUUUUUAAUUUGACAUUCAAAAGUCCCUAAAGAAGUUUUUGUUGGCCUGGUCUCCUCAGUGUCUGGUGUUGCAUAAUUGAAGACGUUCAGUGUUGUACUUUAAAAGUCUUUUUUCACACUAAUAGGCUUUCUGAAGGCCUUUUCACUAAAGUUGUGUUAAGGAAGUUGGUUUUGCUAAGAGUAGAAAAUACUUUGACAUUAAUCAUUGUCAGCUUUUAGCAAUAUUACACAAAGCGUUAAGUGGAUUACUCUUCCACAGCAGUUUUUACUUCUUCUAAGCUCUUUAGCCUGCUUUUAGUGUUAGACACUAUGGAAGGAGAUUGGCUUGAGGAGAGCACAAGAGAUAUGCUUUAAUGCUUUGAAGCGAGAUUUUCAUUCCAGCCUCAUUUCUUUCUAUGGCCUUGGAAUUGCAUGACAGUAACAAAGGUGAACAUUUUGGAGGUAAUUAACUAGCCCCGUCACAUCAUAAAUCCCCAUUUUACUUCUUUAGAAACCGUAAGGUUGCUUUGUGUCCAAAGUCUUUGCUUAUUUGUAUUUCAGUUCUCAGUUCUCUAAUGAACACAUUUAAAAGCAAUUACUUCAUUAUAGAAGACCAGAAUCCAUAUUAAUAAUUACUCAGGACCAAAUAAUGUUCGUCAAGCUUAUUAUUUCUCCUUUACGCCACUAAAUCCUGUACAAACUAGGUUCAGUCAAUGGGUUUUGCUGGCACUUUAUGUCUUUGUAGGUCUUCCUCAUUGGCUUUGGCCGUCUUUGUUCAUACUCAAGCCUAGAGUAAAUCACUGCGAGGGUCUCUGGAGUCAGGAUAAUUGUGCCUGUUUUAUGAAGCUUUUAAGUCGUUUUCUCCCUCUUUGCGCAGCAUUCUGCAGUGUUUCCCUCUGAUAUUCUCCACUUGUUUGUUCUUUUCUCCCAAAUGUUCUGUGAAUUCUUCUGGUUUGACGGUGGGGUGGAAAACAUGAAGGAUUGCGUGAAACACGCUGUAGGACAGAUAAACACAAAUGUUUAGAAGUAGUAGAGACAAUAAAAGGGCCGGUUGCUGUGCUACUCUAACAUGCAGCCCAGGGGCUUUCAUAACCUAAUUAAGGAAUAAAUCUUUAUAUUAAACUGUGAUGGAGAGACAA